GUGGCCACGUAUUUAAAACUGGCGUGAUACACGAGCUCAUGGUGAUCUCAUCUUGAUCUCAUAUCCUCUGUAUUUGGGUGUAGUCACUGAGAGACUCGUGAAAGGUGUGGCUUAUAGUGGACGGACGCUUUAGCAAAGGACUGAAACCCAGCCACAACAACAGCAGGAAUGUCUUCUGUAUGGGAUGAUUUGGAUCUUCUCCUGGACUCCCCCUCCUCUUUGACUGUAAAUUCAACAGUACAUGGCACCGUUAAGGAGAAGCCGGGCUUUAAUGCAGGCGAGGAUGCUGCCGCUUUAAGGAAAGCUAUUGAAGGCAUUGGCACUACUGAAAAGACUCUUAUUGACAUUCUGACUCAAAGAAGCAAUGCCCAGCGUCAGCUGAUCUGUAAAGCAUAUCAGGACGCCACUGGAAGGACUCUUUGUGAUGACUUGGAAGGUGAUACACAUGGACAUUUUGAGGAUAUUUUGGUGGCCCUGGUCACUCCUCCUGCUAAGUUUGACUGCCAAGAGUUCAUACGGGCUAUAAAAGGUGCUGGUACAAACGAGAGCGUUUUGAUAGAACUUUUUGCAUCACGCUCCAACCAUCAAAUCAAGGCUAUGUGUGAUGCAUAUUUGGCUGAAACCGGAAGAGCUCUGAUUCACGACCUGAAAUCUGAAGUGUCAGGGGACUUUGAAAAGACCUUGUUGAUCCUCGCUGAGGGUAAGAGGGUUGAAAGUACGAACGUGGACGUGGCAAAAGCUAAAGAGGAUGCCAAGAUCUUGUACGAGGCAGGAGAGAAAAAGUGGGGAACAGACGAGAGCAAGUUUAUCGACAUCCUCUGCCACAGGAGCGUUCCUCAGCUCAGACAAACUCUGGUUGAGUAUAAGAGUCUGAGUGGAAAGACCCUUCAGGAAAGCAUUGAACGAGAGAUGUCUGGAAGACUGGAGGAGAUUCUGGUGGCUAUAGUGAAAUGUGUGAAGAGCGUCCCAGCAUACCUUGCAGAGCGUCUGUAUAAAAGCAUGAAGGGUGCUGGUACCACUGAAUCUACCUUAACUAGAAUCAUAGUGAGCCGUUCAGAGCUCGACCUGCAGGAGAUCAAGGCAGAAUAUAAGAAGCUCUUUGGGACUUCUUUAUACUCUGACAUUGAGUCUGAAACAUCGGGGGAUUUUCGUCAAACCCUGCUGAAGAUCUGUGGUGAAGAUGGAAAAUGAAUGUAUCCACUGCCAAAGAAGAAUACAUCACUGCUGAAGUGCUAUAAUGUGAAAGAAUGUCCAAAUAUAACGUUAUUACAAUUAAAAUACUAUCAAUGAAUCAGAAGAGCUUUAUGAAAUGUAUUUUUGAACUAACUUGAUUGUUUAUAAUCAUAGAUAACUUGGUUUCAUAGUAACCCUAAUAUAACAAAGUAGUUUUAGUAUCAGAAAAUGCAUUUUAAUUUGUCUAUUUUUUACACACUAUGUCUACAUAAUGAAGAAUAAACGUUUUUUUCCUAUCAAA